UACCGGUUCGGUGCGCGGCUUUCUGGUGGCGGAGAGCGGCCGGCGCUCCGCGUGUUCGCUCGCUGCCGCGCCGCGCUGGGCGCGCCCGGGGCUCCAGCCAUGCUUUUCUGGCACACGCAGCCCGAGCACUACAACCAGCACAACUCCGGCAGCUACCUGCGUGAUGUGCUCGCUCUGCCCAUCUUCAAGCAGGAGGAGCCCCAGCUGUCCCCGGAGAACGGGGCCCGUCUGCCUCCACUGCAGUAUGUGCUGUGUGCUGCUACGUCCCCAGCCGUGAAGCUGCAUGAAGAGACCCUGACCUACCUCAACCAAGGUCAAUCCUAUGAAAUCCGACUAUUGGAGAACCGGAAGCUGGGAGACUUUCAAGAUCUGAACACAAAAUAUGUGAAGAGUAUCAUCCGUGUGGUUUUCCAUGACCGCCGACUGCAGUACACAGAACACCAGCAGCUGGAAGGCUGGCGGUGGAGCAGGCCGGGGGACAGAAUUCUGGACAUUGAUAUUCCACUGUCUGUUGGUAUCUUGGACCCCAGGGCCAGCCCGACCCAACUGAAUGCAGUGGAGUUUUUAUGGGACCCUGCAAAGAGAGCAUCUGCUUUCAUUCAGGUGCACUGUAUCAGCACAGAGUUCACCCCAAGGAAGCACGGGGGCGAGAAGGGAGUGCCUUUUCGAGUACAGAUCGACACGUUUAAGCAGAACGAGAAUGGAGAGUACACGGAGCAUUUGCACUCAGCCAGCUGCCAGAUCAAGGUGUUCAAGCCAAAGGGAGCUGACCGGAAACAGAAGACUGACCGGGAGAAGAUGGAGAAAAGAACUGCUCAAGAGAAGGAGAAAUACCAGCCAUCCUAUGAAACCACCAUCCUCACAGAGUGCUCUCCGUGGCCAGAUGUGGCCUACCAGGCGAACAGUGCCCCGUCCCCAAGCUACAAUGGUUCUCCCAACAGCUUUGGUCUUGGCGAAGGCAACAGUUCACCAACCCACGCAGUGGAGGCCCUUCCCAUGGGCAGUGAUCACUUGCUCCCAUCCGCCUCCAUCCAGGAUGCCCAGCAAUGGCUGCACCGGAACAGGUUCUCACAGUUCUGUCGGCUCUUCGCCAGCUUCUCGGGUGCUGACUUGCUUAAGAUGUCCAGAGAUGACUUGGUCCAGGUCUGUGGCCCUGCAGAUGGGAUCCGGCUCUUCAACGCCAUCAAAGGCAGGAAUGUGAGGCCAAAGAUGACCAUCUAUGUCUGUCAGGAGCUGGAGCAGAACCGAGUACCCCUGCAGCAGAAGCGGGAUGGCAGUGGAGAAAGUGGCCUGUGUGUGUACCAAGCCAUCUUUUUGGAAGAGCUGACCACCUUGGAGCUGAUUGAGAAGAUUGCCAACCUGUACAGCAUCCCCCCCCAGCACAUCCAUCGGGUCUACUGGCAGGGUCCCACGGGCAUCCACGUGGUGGUGAGCAAUGAGAUGGUCCAGAAUUUCCAAGAUGAGUCAUGUUUUAUCCUCAGCACAUUAAAAGCCGAGAGCAAUGAUGGCUACCACAUCAUCUUGAAAUGUGGACUGUGAGCAGAAGUAAGACAUGCAUCCACCCCAGCCCCAUGGACCCCUGGGAUGUUCUAAAUUUCACCACUGUUCACUGCUGUCUACCUGACAAGCUGAGGCUAGGAGGAACCCUGACUGCCCCAGGCCAUUCAAGCUACGGACGAUCAACCUGCAGAAAUCGUGGACACAAAAGCCAGCAUGCAGAAAGUUAUUGGCUUCAACUUGCUUCCUCUUGGCCUCCAGUUUUUGAAAAUUUUCUUGUUCUGUUUCUCAACUUUGAUUCUCUAAAAGCGGCCAACAGUGGGGUUAUCUCUGAAAUCCCAAGCCCCUUAGGUAGAAGCUCAUUGGGUUUCUUUGUGCCAUCUCUAUUGGUCCCUUCUGUCCACUCCCCUGUCAUUAGAAGCCAUCCUCACCCUGUGCCUUUUCUCCUUCCCUGGUGCUGGCUUCCUGGCCAGCUCUGCUGACCUGAUGCACUUUGCCUUUUUGUUCUUCACUUGCUUCCCCUCUCAGUGACCCCACUAGACUGGAGUUAUUCUGUGCCUUCUACUUCUUAACUUUAUCUUGUUUCUAAGGAUCUGCUGCUGCCCAGACCAAAGGGGGGUAUUCAUGUCUCUGCAUUGGCAUAAUGGGUAGAUAUUGCUAUGUAUUUGUAUAGUCUGUCUCCUGGAGCUAAUUCCAGGACCCACUUGAGGGCCAGGCGGUGGAGUGGAAAUAGAAAGAUACCUUUACAAACAUCUUUAUACUGAUGAGAACAAAAUGACUCCUCUUGAGCUCCUUUGGCAUACAUAGUUCUGUUUCCUAAGAAGUUAUAGGUAAGAAGGACCCAGAAGUAAGCAUUCCUUUAUAUUAUCAGGUAACCUUGACCACUACAGUACCAGACUUUUGGGUUAGGGGGUGUAUAGCUUAGUGGUAUAGCAUUUACUCAGCGUGUGUGAGCCUCUGUGUUUCAUCCCCACCACUGUGAAACAAGCAAACUAACACACCCUUAAGAGAACUUACAAAAUUCCAUUUAGAGAAGGCUUCAGUUAGUCACCCACCCAUCUAGCAGUUUCCCUGGGUUAUUGUGGGGUUCUUCAUUCAAGUUCUCAUCUUUUGUUUUUUUGUCGGUAUGGGGCUUGAACUCAGGGUCUGGGCUUGUCCCUGAGCUUUUACACUCAAGGCUAGUGCUUUACCACUUUGAGCCACAGAGCCACUUCCUUUUUCUGUUUUAGUGGGUAUGUUCAGGGCACUUCACCUCUUUUGGAAUAGUUGGAUCUCCUUCUUAUCUGUAGGGAAAUGGACUUAGGAAUCUAUCUUUGUCUUGCCUCUGUUUUGGUAUCCUGUGAUAUGUGCUGGCCAUGGCUCCAUCUUAUUUCCCAUUUAAAUCAUCUUCUAAGCCACAGAUCACUUAAGUGGGUUCCACAGCUUCUGAAAUAGAGCUUUUGUGGAAUCUAGUGAGUGGCUCAAAGAAAUCAGAAUUGGGCUAACCUUGUUUCACAGAUGGGGAGACUGAGGGACACAGCCAUCUGUAUGAUAUCAUAUAGAGAUAUAUCAUACAAACCAGGACAAAUCAAGGGUUAUGUGAAUUGAUGGUAUUUUUUAAGUUCUUUAUCAGUUGAUACACAUAAUUUGUGAAAAUGUUCCCUAGUUAUAACAGGCAUUGGUGACUCACACCUGUAAUCCUAACUACUCAGGAGGCUGAGAUCUAAGGAUCGCUGUUCAAAGCCAGC